GAAUUAAAAAAUAAGGGAAAUGAAGAAUUUAAAAAAGGUGCAUCAAUGAAGGCAUUAGAUUUUUAUAACAAAGCGUUGAAACAUCCAGAUUGUACUCAAAAUAUCAAACCUAUUUUAUAUUCCAAUAUGUCAGCUUGCUUCUUUAAUUUAAAAAAUUAUGAAAGAGCAUUAAUAUCUGCAAAUGAAUCUAUUUUGGUAGAUGAGAAUUUUUCUAAAGGUUAUUAUAGAAAAGCAUUAACAUUACAGAGUUUAGAAAGGGUUAAUGAAGCAAUUCAAGUUUGUGAAGUAGCACUUGCUAAAGAUCCAAACAAUGAACUUUUCAUUAAUUUAUUGAAAACACUAAAGCCAGAUAUUGAAACUAAACAAGAA